AUGUCCUCCGAUCUUCCUUCUAAGCCUACUCCCUCGCCGGUCGGUCGGAAUCGCAACUCCUUCCUGUCUAAAUUUCGCUCUCCCCUCGGUCACAGAAAUCGAAGCAUCACUGACUAUUACAUCGACCUCGACGAUCCAUGGCGCUCCUACUUCCCCGGUGACGUGAUCAAAGGCACGGUUCUGGUGACCGUUGUCAAACCGGUGCGCAUUACACAUAUGGUGGUUUGUCUCCAUGGCUAUGUCAAGGUGUUCAAGAACGCGGUUCCCACGGGGGAAGCCGCCCCCGACCUGGGGUUCCUUGGCCCGGGACGUGGCCGGCGAGGCGCGGAGUACAUGGGCAAUGGACUAGCCAGUCUCUUCGAAGAUGAGGUUGUUCUUUGCGGUGACGGGCGUCUCAAGGAAGGAAUUUACAAGUUCCGCUUCGAGAUGGGCCUUCCUCCCUACGCGCUGCCUAGCAGCAUUAAUUUUGAACGAGGAACCGUCUCUUACUCCUUAACCUCCACUCUUACCCGACCGACCACUAUCAACCCUACCCUCACAUGCCGCCGACGAGUCAACCUAUUAGAAAACAUCGAUAUCGCCACUUUUCCUGCACCCAAAGCCCGUAUCGUCACCCUCGAACCCAUCUCAAAACGUUCCAAAUCAAAAGCAAAAGCCAAAUCUACAAGCUCCGACGCCACCGCAGCACCUGACACCUCCUCCAUAGAUACCCCAGUCAGCGGUGCUGCGCCUUCGGUGGAUAAUCGGCUACCACUGAGCCCAUCUACGAGCAACGUCAGCUCGUCAAGUCGACCUAGUGAAAGCAGUCAGAGCUUUCAGAUACAUAGUGACCCCAGUUCUUCGACAAGUACCGGUGGACGUAACAGUGAAGGUCGCAGUGCGACUCCUUCGAUCUCGGACAAAACCAUCACCGCAAAGGCCGAGGUUCUGCGCGCAGGCGUGCUCCCGGGAGAUACACUACCUAUAAUGGGCCGCAUUGAUCUUCACCCCGCUAUCCCAAUCGGUCCCACCGCAAAUGGGAAGAAACCAGUCUAUGAAGACUGCUAUCCGCGGUCGCGUACCGGUUUGGGAGGUUUGACUCUGGGAACGAGUCGUACCAGCAGCACGUUCCGCAAGGAUUUGUCACAGACCUUUGCACCGCUGAUCGUGGACCCAAAUACUAUGACUGCCGUUGUGAAAACAUCUAUUCGAGUCCCUGAGGACGCCUUCCCAACCAUUACACGUGUGCCCGGCGCCAUGAUCAACUUCCGGUACUACGUGGAAGUUGUCGUUGAUCUUCGGGGUAAAGUGUCAUCCCCAGAUCGUUUCAUCCCGCGCUUCAACAUGGUUUCCGGUGGCAGCACGUUCUCACCGAGCGGACAGAUAUUAAACCCGGCGGACGCAAAUGGAAGUGCCAUCACGGCCAAUUGGGCCGGCAACAUUCUUGAUACCGAUCAAGUUCGUCGAGAAAAGGGUGUCAUUUCUGUGGCAUUCGAAGUGGUUGUGGGCACUCGUGAUUCACAACGAGGUCAAACAAACGGCGAGCGCUCAAUGUCUGUUGAGCCCAAGUCAGGGGUGACCGAGAAUCACCCGCCACCUUCGGUCAUUGUGAAUCCCGUGGAUGGCGAGGAAUGGCCCGAAGUGAGCCCGAUGCCGAAUACACACGGUGAAAACGGCGAGUACGGCGAAUAUGGCGAAUACGGCGCCGAAGACUAUAACUACGGAGAUUAUGGAUUCCCCGAUGAUACCUGGUCCGAAUACCCCGAAGAGUAUACGCAGCCACUCCCGCCGAUGGGUCCCAUGUCAGCACACCCGGAAGUAGAAGAGCCGGUAGAUGAAAAGACUCGGAUACGACAGCAUGAAGAGACUCUUCUGCCCAGUCAACCUCCAGGUGAAGACGAGGCGGGACAGUCCAAUGCUGAAACUGAAGUCCCGACCGCCCCAGUUCUACCAGACGACCAUCAUCUCCAAGAUUACGAGCAUGUGCAUUCACCAGGCAUGAAUGGAAUCCCGCACGCCGUGCGAUCUGCAGAAUCAUUACAGACCAUCGUCGUGAAUGGAAACGGUGCCGGGCCAAGCGAGCCUCCUGGCCCUAGCGAAGACAAGCAAGAACUGGAACGACAGCGGCUCAUGUAUGAGGCCAGCGCACCCAGCGCACCGCCUCCUGAAGAGCCCAACGACUCUGGUGAAGGACCUAGUGCGCCAACCUUCAACGAAGAUGAUCAAUUGGUGGGCGGCACGGCGCACGCGGACGAGUCUCUACCUCGGUACCAGCGAUAA